AUGGGUAGACAUUCACUUAAAAAGAAGUUUCAACUUCAACAAGAGAGAGAAAGAGAACAACAACAACAAGCAUAUUACGGACACCAAUCAAACACAUACUAUCAACCACAAAAUUACCAACCACAACAAAUAGAGGUACCUAGAAUAAAAGCAACAGAAUAUGAAAAACCACAAUCAACAUUGAAAAAUUUCCCAUCAUCAAUAGUAAAUGGGGUCACAAAAGAAGGUGGUAUAUUUUCAUUAACUUUAAAAUCUAUACAUUGUGCAAAAUAUGUAGAAAAUAUUGAUAAUAUGAGACGUUGUUUUAAAAAACAAAAAUUAGAUAUACCGAAAAUUUCAAAUAUUAAUUGUACAAGAUUAUUGGAAGAUGUUCAAAGAGAAUUGAAUGCUGUGAAACUGGAACAAAUACCUACUGUCAAAUUUAAUAAUGAUGAAAUAACGAAAUUAAAUGAAAAAUUAAGUAAAGCUACUCAAAAUGGAUCUGAUAUUAAAGAAGUAAGUGAUACGAUAGAAGAAGAGUUUAUAAAGAAUGGAAAAAUCAAGAUUUUUGGAGAUAAAGAAUUUGAAGAAAUUGAGAAUUUAAAAUUACCAAUUGAAGUGGAAUUAGCACCAGAAGAAACAAAAGAACCAGAAGUUGAAAAAGUAACAGAAACUAUAGUAGAAGAAGAACCAGACGAGAUGAUAAAAGUAGAACCAACAGAUCAACCAUUACUUCCAGACAAAACAGAUUUCGAACUUCCAGAAAGAAUGCCAAUCACAUAG